CACACAGCACUUUGGGGAAAGCCAGCAGUGAGGAGAGCUAAGAAAAUGAUGAGUUCAUGAGACUGACUCUACAGACAUAUCCUAUUACUUCAUACUAGGGAGAGUAGGAGCAAGCAUUUGCCAGCAAGGAAUUUGCAUCUGCUGCAUUGUACAUACAUAACCAGUAUGGACUGCCUGUGGAUUUUGUUUAAAGAUGGUCCUAGAAGCUCCCAGAGUUAAGUUGCUGAUACAAGAUAAAGCUGGCCAAUGCUUGGAGUACCACCACUAUUCUCCAAAGAAAGCGAGCUACUGUAGAAAUGACUGAUGAGGCACCAGCACUUCUCUACUCCAUGCCAACAUCACCAUGUUAAAAGGGGUGUUCGAAACAGAGGACCUGAUUUACAUAGUUCUAGAGGUGGUCAUUGCCAUUUUGGCCAUUCUUGGCAACGUCCUGGUGUGCUGGGCUGUGUACAUUAACAGCAACUUACAGAAUGCAACCAAUUAUUUCGUGGUAUCCCUGGCUGCAGCAGAUAUAGCUGUGGGGGUACUUGCUAUCCCAUUUGCUAUUGCGAUUAGCACUGGAUUUUGUGCUACUUUCCAUGCUUGUCUCUUUAUCGCUUGCUUCGUUUUGGUGCUGACGCAGAGUUCCAUAUUUAGUCUUCUGGCAAUAGCUGCAGACCGCUACAUUGCUAUUCGCAUUCCACUCAGAUAUAACAGUCUGGUAACCAGUCGAAGAGCCAACGUGAUCAUUGCUGUCUGCUGGCUGCUGUCCUUUGUUAUUGGUCUUACUCCAAUGCUAGGCUGGAACAGGAAGGAUUUCAAAGCAGAAAACUCAUCUCUAUGCACCACUCCCAUGUUAGAGUGCCUAUUUGAAAAUGUUGUGACUAUGGAUUAUAUGGUAUAUUAUAAUUUUUUUGCAUGUGUGUUGGUGCCACUACUGCUCAUGUUGGGCAUUUAUUUGAGAAUCUUCAUGGCAGCCCGGCGCCAACUAAAACAGACUGAGUUAAAAGUGACAUGUGGUGAUCGUUCACGGUCAACAUUACAGCGAGAAGUUCAUGCAGCCAAAUCUUUAGCUAUUAUUGUGGGCCUGUUUGCCAUUUGUUGGUUGCCCCUACACAUCAUUAACUGCUUUACUCUUUUCUGUAAGGCCUGUAUGCGUCCCCCUCUUUUACUUAUGUACUUUGCCAUUCUAUUUUCACAUGCUAACUCAGUGGUGAAUCCAUUAAUCUAUGCCUACCGCAUACGUGAGUUCCGCCAUACAUUUCGGAAGAUCUUGCGCCAGCAUAUCUUUGGUCGAGUACAGUCUUCUCAAACACGUACAGCUAGUGGCAAGUCCUUAUCAUAUGGAGCUGAUGGAACAAAUCGGAUUAGUUUCAAUGGCUGCACAGAAAUCAAUGGGAGUAGCUGUAAGUUGAAAGAAGCCUGGAAUCACAAUGGGUAUCCUACUGGGGAAAAUGUUGACCGGACAACAAUUCAAGAACCAGAAAACCAACAGACAGAAAAGCUGAUACAGUCUUGAAAUUUACUUUGAACAUAAACAUUUACUUGUUAUGAACAGAGACAAUGGUGGGCUUCUCAAAGUGAAGAUUAUGUUGACUUUUUAUUGCUUAGAUAUGUUUGACACUCAUUUAUUUAUUAAACUAAUUUGCUAAGUGUAUGUAGUUUUUGC